AUGGAGAUGUAUGAAACCCUUGGAAAAGUGGGAGAGGGAAGUUAUGGAACAGUCAUGAAAUGUAAACAUAAGGAUACUGGGCAGAUAGUGGCCAUUAAGAUAUUUUAUGAGAAACCAGAAAAGUCUGUCAACAAAAUUGCAACGAGAGAAAUAAAGUUGCUAAAGCAAUUUCGUCAUGAAAACCUGGUGAAUCUGAUUGAAGUUUUUAGACAGAAAAAGAAAAUUCAUUUGGUGUUUGAAUUUAUUGACCACACAGUAUUAGAUGAGUUACAACAUUAUUGUCAUGGACUAGAGAGUAAACGACUUAGAAAAUACCUCUUCCAGAUUCUUCGAGCAAUUGAAUAUCUUCACAAUAAUAAUAUCAUUCAUCGAGAUAUAAAACCUGAGAAUAUUUUAGUAUCCCAGUCAGGAAUUACUAAACUCUGUGAUUUUGGUUUUGCACGAACGCUAGCAGCUCCUGGAGACAUUUAUACGGACUAUGUGGCCACACGCUGGUAUAGAGCUCCAGAAUUAGUAUUAAAAGAUACAUCUUAUGGAAAACCUGUGGAUAUCUGGGCUUUGGGCUGUAUGAUCAUUGAGAUGGCCACUGGAAAUCCCUAUCUUCCUAGCAGCUCUGAUUUGGAUUUACUUCAUAAAAUUGUUUUAAAAGUAGGCAAUUUGACACCUCACUUGCAGAAUAUUUUUUCCAAGAAUCGCAUUUUUGCUGGGGUGGUCCUUCCUCAAGUUCAACACCCCAAAAAUGCAAGAAAAAAAUACCCAAAGCUAAAUGGAUUGUUGGCAGAUAUUGUUCAUGCUUGUUUACAAAUUGAUCCUGCUGAGAGGAUAUCAUCUACUGAUCUUUUGCGUCAUGAGUAUUUUACUAGAGAUGGAUUUAUUGAAAAAUUCAUACCAGAACUGAGAGCUAAAUUGCUACAAGAAGGAAAAGUCAAUUCAUUCAUAAAGCCAAAAGAGAAUUCUAAAGAAAAUGAAUUUAUGAAAGAUGAUAGAAAAACAAUUUAUACCAGUACACUGCUAAGUACUUCAGUUUUGGGAAAGGAAAUGGAAAAAGAGAAAAAGCCCAAGGAGAUCAAAGUCAGAGUUAUUAAAGUUAAAGGAGGAAAAGGAGAUAUCUUAGAACCAAAAAAGAUAGAGUGUGAAGGUGGACAUUUUCAACAGGAUGCAGUUGAAAUUGCUCAUACUGUGUCUCAAGAUAUAAAACCUGUAAUCAGUGAACUACCAAACCCUGUCAAUCCCAGCACUAACUCUAUGGGCAUGAAAGACGAUCCACAUGCUGGAAGUAGUAUGGUGAUGCCACCCAUCAAUCUAACUAGCAGGAAUUUGAUGGCUUCAAAUCUCUUCCACUACAAUUCAAGGUUAACUGAAAGAGCAAAAAAGAGACGUACUUCUUCACAAUCUAUUGGACAAGUUAUAUCUAAUAGGCAUGAGGAUACAGGUCCCACUCAAAGCCAAAUGGAGAAGGGUGUGUUUAAUGAGCGAACAGGUCAAAGUAACCAAAUGGCAAAUGGAAACAAAAGGAAGCUGAAUUUUUCCAGAACUAACAGGAAAGAAUUCCAUUUCCCAGAAUUGCCUUUCACAGUACAGUCAAAGGAGAUGAAAGGAAUGGAAGUUAAACAGAUAAAAGUGCUGAAGAGGGAAUCAAAGAAAACAGAUUCAUCUAAAAUACCAACUAAUGCAGAUCACUAUCAAGAAAAACAAGAGAAUACAGGAAAUGCACAAACUGAAAGGAAGAAGAACCUGCCAGAUGUAGAGUAG